GUCAGGCUGCUCCCUCCCUCCCUCUGUGCUCUCCUACCCAGGUGUUCUCUGUUGUGUUGGAGGAGGGGAUCCUCACACCGCGUUCAGAGCUUGUUGGGGUUUCAAGGCCAGGUUGAAAUCCCAGCUGACAUUUUGGGUACGCUGACUUCCCAGAAGAGAUUGAGAGUGAAGCACAAAACAGUAAAACUAUUUAUUAUUCUUCGCCCUCAAAGUCAGUCUCGCGUUUGUGCCUUGCGCGCUGGGAGAGCCGGCCUUCCCAGGGAGUUCGAGUUCAGUUCUUACCUGAGGGGUGUCCAGCCAGAGGCCAAGAUGUCCUCCGUGGGGAAAGUGACACAGAUUCCCAGCGGGAAAGUCUACCAGCAGAUCUUCGAGGCUGAGGUGCAGUUGGUCCGCUCUCUGGCAUCUACCAGGAAGCGCGCUGCAGAGUGUUCCAUGACCCCAAAGGAUGGCAGGAAGCCCUUGAUGAAGAAGACAGAUAUUCGUGAAGGGGAGAUGCUCUCUCCUCGGCAGCAGAAGUGGGCACACAGCCUACCCAAUGACUGGGUCACUGAAAACCCUGUUCUCCUCCGGGAAAAGGAAAUAGCCAAGAAGGAAAAAGCUCAAGAGAGUGAGAACACCAUCGCUGCCCGAGAAGUGCGGGGCCUCAUGGACACCAUCGUUCCUGAGAGGAUCCGCACCAUCACCCUUGAAGGGCGAGGAGACUACAAGAGGAGAGGCUAUGAGAGUGCUUUGGGGAGCUUUAAGGAGGAGAUCGCCCAGAUUGGGAUGGAAAUGGAACCUCUCAUCUUGGAGCCAGGAGCCCUUCUUUUAAAAAAGCUGGCUGAGUAUGACGAAGACAUCAACAGUCUCUUCAAAAAGGUGGAAAACGACAGCAACCUGGAAGACUACACCAUCCAAACUCUGUUAGAGCUGUGGGAUCAAGUGGCCAAGAAAUUUCUGCUCCAGAAGCAGGAGAUUAAGGAUCUGGACAAGACGCUGCAUUCACUUGAGUUCUCCCGGGCAGAUAAACUAAAAAGCGUGAUGAAGAAAUAUGUGCAAAUCAUAGAGAAAACUUCCUACCUCAUGCAGCCUGAUGUGUACAGGCUGAUCAACAAAGAAGCCAUGAUCAUAAACCACGCCCUGCUGGGCAACCGGAGGGCCCUGGCGCAGCUGUUCGUCAACUUGAUGGAGGCCACACUGCAGCAGGAGCUCAACGGCCACCGCCGCUGGCAGGGCCUGGUGGAUGCCUGGAAGAGUCUUAAGACGGAAGACCUGGUACAGGGGUUCAGUGAGUUCAUGGCCAGCGAGAAGAUCCAGAUGCCUCCGGCCGUGAAGACAGAGCUGGAGACUAUGCUGAAGAACCAGAGCGCCCUGCAGCAAAAGCGUCUGGACCAUCUCUGCACCAUCUGUGACCUCCUGCCCCCCAAUUACAGCAAAGCUCAACUGACCGAAUGGCAUUCUUCUCUUGACUCCCUGAAUAAGCACCUUGAUGCCUACCACAUGGACUGCAUGAUGCGGAUCCACGUGCAGUACGAGAAGACCUGGCAGGAGUGCCUGGCCGAAGUGCAGAAGUGCAAGAAGCAGCUGCUGGACUGGAAAGCCUUCACUGAGGAGGAGGCAGAGAGCCUGGUGAGCCCGUCCUUAUUCCAGAUGGUGGGAAGUCUCCAGAGCAAGGUGGAGGCAGAGCUGGAGGUCUUGGAUAAAUCCUUCGAGGCCUUGGCGAAGCAGACAGAGCAGCAGAGCUCGGACCUCUUCAGCUACUUCCAGGAGGCUGUGCAGCUGUGGGAGGCACAUCAGAGUCUGCUGUUGAUGCAGGAGCUGGAGCUCGAGAAGAGGAUAGAGCAGCAGCGGCAGAAGCACAGCCAGGAGAACCAGGCCCAGGAAGCUCACCUCGAUAAGCUCUUGGACCAACUGAGGCAGCAAAGCUCUGAGGAUACCCUGAAGUUUCACCUGGAAAAGGCCAAAGAUUAUCUGAAGAACAUGAGAUGCAGGUAUGAGAGUUUUCACAGCCUCCUGACAAAGGAAGUGAUGGAGUACCCAGUGAUCAUCCUGAAGGAACUCAACUCCUACAGCUCCACCCUCAGCAGAUACUUCUGUGUUCGUGAGGUUUUUGAACAGAACUUGGAAGGAGACGUCGUUUUCCAGUUGAGGGAACCAGAACCACAUGAAAAGCAAUUCCGGGAGAGAGUGAGAAAGCUGAGGGGGAAACGUGAGCCCAAAGUGGAUGUAAGCAAAGGGGAGGAAAGCAUAAGUCAGGGGACCAGUUCCCUCAGGCCAGCAGAAGACACAGAAGAAGAAGAAGAUCAAGAAAUCAAGUUCUCCACCAAUCAGAAGGUGGCAGUGAGCCCGCAGAAGGAGUCUGUCCUGAGUGAAGAGAUGGAUGAGUCCAGAGAGGACUCUAGUCCAGGAUUAGAAGAAAUGUGGGUUGAAGCAGACAGCUUCUUAAAACCACCCCUGAGCCAGGAAACUGUGAUAGUUCAAGAAGAGGAGGAGGAGGAGGACAAAGAGGAGAAAGAAGAGGAGGAAAAAGAAGAGAAGAAGGAAAAAGUGGAGGAGGAGAGGGAGGAGGAGGAGGAAGAAGAGGAGCAGAAAGAGGAGGAAGAGGAGGAGGAAGAGGAAGAGCGUGUGAGUUCAUCUAUAGAUGAGGUCAAAGCCCAGGAAGAGAGUCUGGGGGAGGUCACCCAAGAGGACAUGGAGUUCUUCACAACCUCCAGUGGGAACACUUACUUUGUCUUCCUCCCUCUGGAGCAAGAAGAGAGUAUCACAAAGCCCCACUGCAGCUUUUCUACUGCUCUCUUCAAUGACGCUUCUGGUGCCAAGGUCCUGGAACAAGUGAUCAUUCCGUCCAGACUAAUUUUAGAAAUUAAGAAACAGAUCCGAGCUGGCUUUUUUGAGCACUUAGAGAAGUGGUUUGACCAGUGUGCCCUCAAUGCCCAGGUCACUGUGGCCACCAAGAUUGAUCAGCUGGAUUCAGAGCUGGAGCUACGCCUGCACCUGCACCAGCCAAGAGCCCAGCGCAUUGAAAAGGACAUCCACAACGUCAGGGCAGCCGAGCUCUUGCUUCAUCAAGAGCGUCUGGACAGCCACUGUGCAGGAGUGACGGAGACUCUGAGAAAGGAGAGGAUGAUGUUCUGCCAGUUCCAAGAGGAGCAAAACACGAGGAGCAAAAACUUCCGCCGCAAGAUUUAUGACAUGGAGCACAUCUUCUUGAACGCCACCAAGAGCCAGAAGCUGGUCAUUCUCAGCGGCACUCUGCACCGGGAGCUGCUCAGCUACGUCGACGUCAUCCAGGUGUCCCUGCGCAGCUUCCGCCAGUACCUGGAGGAGAGUCUGGGCAAGCUUCGCUACACCAACGUUGAGUUUGUCAAGCACUGCAGAUUGUUUUCAGAAGGAGGCAACUUUUCUUCUGAAGAAAUUGACUCACUGUGUCAUCGACUGGAAAAGGAAGCUGCCCGAAUAGAGUUUGUUGAAAGCCUAAUCAUGAUUAACAUGGAGAAGAUGGAGAGCGAGUACCUGGACCAGGCAAAUGAGGUCAUCAACAAAUUUGAAAGUAAAUUCCAUAACCUGUCUGUGGACCUUCUUUUCAUAGAGAAAAUCCAGCGGUUGCUGACAAAUCUGCAAGUGAACAUUAAGUGUGAGGUGGCAAAAUCCAACUUGCAAACAGAUGGAUUAAAUUCUUCUCUGGAACAGCUUCAAAGCAAGGUACAAAUGUGCCGAAGCUCACGAGGAGAUAAAGAAAUAGUGACCUCCGAGGACCUCCUUGGCCUUGUUCGAACUUGGAAAGAAAAACUAAGCCAGAGGAUUCAGUACCUCAACUGCAAGCUGGACAUGGUGUCUGUGACUCAAGUGGUCUUUACCGACAUCUUGACCGACGUGGAGGUAGAAAGUGACAUCCUGGUGUCUUCAGAAGCCCAUGAAGAAGAAGCCAAGGGAGACGUGGUCACCCCCGAGUCCUUGGCCCAGCCAAGCCGCAUGGGGAAGUCCAUGGUUGAAGACCCAGCUGUGGAGGUGGUCAAGAGGAUCCUGCAAUUUCCUGAUGCCAAAUGUUCAACCCAGCGUUGUGACAAAGAGCGGUACCUGACAGCCAAAGCCUUCAAGCGACACCAGAGCCGGGGAGACCACUCAGUGAAGAAAGACUUGGUUGUUGCCAGUGCCACCUCAGCAGCGAGCCUCCAGAGCACUGACCCACCUUUGCCCCACAGCAUCACACGGUACUUGAAGCCUAACCGGUUGGACAGAAAGUACCAGGUACUCGGGGACAAGCCACCUCCUCUGGCCGAGGAUUUUAAAGGCAUCAUCCUGUCCUUGCUCUGGGAGAGCAACGAGCACCUGCUGACUGUUGUGGAGGAGUUUUACCGCAAAGAGAAGCGUGCAGUCACCAGGCCUGACUGUAUGUAUGAAACUUUCGACCAGUGCGCAGAGAACAUCAGCAAGAAGAUCCUGGAGUACCACAGCCAGACAGAUGAGUACCACAACUCCUGCCUCAUAGAAUUACGGGCCCAGAUGAGGAGAUUUGAGGAGCUGCUGCCCCAGGUGUGUUGGCAGGUGACAGAGAAUUUCAAAGAGCACCACUGGAAGAAAUUUUGCGCCUCCACCAAAGAGAUCCGGGAACAGUUCUGGACCAGUCAUGAAGAGCUGGAGAGAAGAAAGGAUGAAAAUGCCCGGAAGCUCCGUCCAAAUCUUGGACAUCCUGCACAUCUGCAAGAAAUGGAGUCUCUGUGUCAAGCAGAAGAAAAAAGGCAGGAAGACUUGGACACCCUGAUUGAGGCGACCAGGGAGAAGCUAGAGGAAUUCACCAGGAAGUACUGCCGGUUUUUCAUAGCCAGCUUGGCCACCUUUACCGAGAAGUUCCUGCUGCAGUUGGAUGAGGUGGUCACCAUUGAUGAUGUCCAGGUUGCAAAGAUGGAGCCCCCCAAACAGAAAACAUCAAUCCUAAUUCGGAGGAAACUCGCCGGGCUCUCCCUGGAGGAAGAGAGUGAGAAGCCGCUGAUUGAACGGGGGAGCAGGAAGUGGCCAGGACUCAAACCCACUGAAGUCACCAUCCAAAACAAGAUUCUCCUCCGGAAAACAUCAUCCAUCACCACCGCCAAGACAACCCUGGGCCACCUGGCGUCUGUGGAAGCCCGAGAUGCUGUCUACCUGAAAUAUUUAGCUUCAUUUGAAAAGGAGCUGAAGAAGAUCCAGGAGGACAACACACUGCAAGUGAGGGAAGCUCAGCGCUGGAAGGACAACUGGAAGCGCUCCGUGCACACCAUCCAGGACCUGUACUUGUGACACUCUCAACCCACCCAAAAUAAAGGUUUAUUUUGUGUGGA